CCUGUUAAUUAAUAGUGCUUCUGUGUGUGGAAAAUUACAAAACCCCGAUGGCGCUCAAUUUGGAUGAAUGUUACGAGCACGUGCUCGGAUUGGUGGAAACUGCUGGAAGUUUAAUCGCCACCAGAAAUUCGCAGCGGAAGCGCGUGGUAGAAAAGUCCAGCAAUAUCGAUCUGUUGACCGAAACAGACCAACAGGUGGAGCGUAUGUUGAUGGAAGGAAUCACGGCCAAAUAUCCUGACCAUAAAUUUAUCGGCGAGGAAGAAACGAGCGAAGGAAAGAAGGCCGAACUGACCGACGCACCGACCUGGAUUAUCGACCCGGUGGACGGUACGAUGAACUUUGUGCACAGCUUUCCUCAUUCGUGCAUUUCCAUCGCGCUGCUGGUGGACAAGGUGGCAAAAAUUGCCAUCAUCUACAAUCCGAUCAUUGGCCAAAAGUUUACCGCCCGUCGUGGGCUGGGUGCGUUCCUGAACGGUAACCCGAUACGGGUGUCCGGCGAAACGGUUUUCGAACGUGCACUGGCCACGACGGAAUUCGGAACGUCGCGGGAAGAGGAAAAAACUCGCGUGGUACUGGAGAACAUUGGGAAGCUUGUCCGGCAAAUUCAUGGUUUGCGUAGCCUCGGAUCGGCGGCACUGAACAUGGCAAUGGUAGCCCUCGGUGGGGCUGAUUUUAACUACGAGUUUGGAAUUCAUGCCUGGGACAUUGCGGCAGGAGAUUUGCUGGUCAGAGAGGCGGGCGGCGUAUGUCUGGAUCCGGCCGGUGGUCCACUGGAUCUGAUGUCACGACGAGUGCUAUGCGCCAGCUCGCAAGAACUUGCUGAUAAGGUGGUUCUGGCCCUUACGCAAUUCUAUCCCGAACCAAGAGAUUAAAGUGUAAUAACUUAACGUUAUG